AAACACCGACUCAAAAGCGUUUUUGUUUUAGUUGUUUUAGGCAUUUGGUUCUCCUUCUCUACAUCUUCCUUUUUCGCCUUGUAAAAGAAAGAAAACAGGAGUGAAGAAAAAUGGUGGAUCUUCAGAAAGUGUGCUCCAUGUGCGGCGACGUUGGCUUCCCUGAAAAAAUUUUCCGAUGCUCCAAGUGUCACCACCGCUACCAACACUCGUAUUGUAGCAACUACUACAGUGAAAUGUCAGGGGGAAUAGAGGUGUGCGACUGGUGUCAAAGUGAAGAAAAACACAGCAACUCGAGGCGUGGAAGCUCCUCCAGAAAAUCAGCAACUGAAGGCAUAACCAUGAGCAGCAGAUCAGAAUAUUCAGGUGGUGACAAAAUCAAACAACAACAUCAUGAUCAUCAUAAUCAUAGGGAAGAAUCAACGGCUCAUGAUCAAAAGCCAAAGAAUAAUCACGGUGGCGCACCUUCUCCUCGUACGUCCACUCGUAGGUACAAGCUUCUUAAGGAUGUCAUGUGCUGAACGUAUUACCGAAGAUAUGGAAAGAAAAAAACCUUCGCAGACGGGGUUAAUUAUCAUGUUAAUAUUAUCUUCCUUAUGGAUAAUUGUAAGUGUUUUCUUUUUUCUCUUUUGACCGGUACUAGACUACUUUUCUGGCCUAUAUGCUACCUGCCUAUAUAGCUCAAUAAGCUCAAUGGAACUCUCUAUAUGUACAUAUUACUACUACUAGAUCAUAAUUAUGGCGUUUUCCAUAA